AUGGCGGCCAGAUUGUUCCAAGAAGCUGGCGAUCUGGAGAAAGAUGUCGACCAUCUCAAACGCCAAGCCAUGGCACAGAGGAGCCUCAUCCAGCAACUCACAGACAACAUCUAUUCCUCUUCAAUGGUACCGGACAUUUCACCAAUCGAUCCAUUCGAAUUCGAUGGCUGCUCACCUACCACCGUCGAUCCACUGGACGUUCUCCUGUCGGAGCACAGGAUGGAGGAAGCCCUGGAGCUCCUUGAAGCGGAAGGGCAGGCGCUAGAGAAACUGCACAGCGACGACGCCCGGGUGAUCGCGUCGAGCAUGUCCGCGCUGUCGGCCCGGCGAGCCAGAGUCGCCGACCGCUUCGCCUCCCUCGCCGACAGCCCGCGGACGCCACCGCGACGCGAGCUCCUCCGGGCGCUCUCCGGCCUCUGCAAGCUCGGCGACUCUCAACGGGCCAACCACCUCCUCUUCAAGUUCUACCGCUCGGACGCCCUCCGGCGCGUCGACGAGCUGAGGUGCUCGUCGUCGUCACACAGGAACUACAUCAAGGAGCUGGCGUGCACGGUGUUCUCCUCCGUGCUCGAGGCGUCGAGGAGCUUCGUGGCCCUUCACGGGCGGCAGCAACCGUCUCCCGAGCUGAGCCGGUGGGCGAGGGAAGAGAUCGAGGACUUCAUCGCGGCGUUCCGCGAGUACGUCGGGUCCAUAUCAGAAGCCGGGUCGGGCGACGGGCUGGCACUGGCGACCGAGGCCGCCAACUGCGCCGUCUCCUACUCUUCCAUGCUCAGGACCGUCGUCCCGGAGGAAGACAUCUUGGCGUUGAUCCGGCCUUGCAUGGAUAAGGUGCUCGCGACGUACACCAAGCAUCUGAAGAAGGUCGUCAGGCUGCUGGUUUCCUCCGACGCGUGGGUGCUGGGGAAGUUCCUCAUGUCAGGAAUCCUACGGAGAAAAACACCUUCUCCUCUACCAGCAAACGGUGGAGAACCCGAGCACUGCCUGCUCACGGCCAGCGGAAGGAAAUUCACCACAUUGAUGCAGGAGGUCGUGGAGGACGUAUCCCCAUUGCUGCGUCUUGGGAUGAAGAGUUCAGUUCUGCAGCUCCUGUCCGGGUUGUUCAGAGAGUACACGCACUCCGUCCUAGCCGUGGAUGUAGUCGACCAGCAGCAGCAGUACAUGUGGCAGCUCUCCUUCCUCAUCAACUGCACCACGCUGGUCUCCCUGUUCCCCAUCAUCGCCCAUGGCAUCUUCAUGAGCAACAACAACCAAGCAUCGUCGAAUCAGGCCGCGCAGACCGAACUCGACGGUCUGACCUUGUUCAUCAAGGAAGCGUCUGGCCAAGUAUGGGCACAGUUCUGCCAGCAGUUCAUACGAGACACCAUGUCAAGUCUGCAGGACAGAUCAAGGACACAUGAUGUACAAGGCGGCACAAUGCCUUGCUCUGCAUUCCAGGUGGUGUUCCUACGGUUGAGGCGGCUGAGCGAUCUGUAUGGUGUCAUCUUAGCCGGCAAGGACGGAACCAUGAGAAAACUGCUGCAGCAGCUGAUGGAGGCCAUCAUUAUCUGGCUCCACAACAACCUAGAUAUAUGGAUCUUCCAUCACGCGCAGAAUAAUCUUCCCAAGGACACACUUCUUCACCAGAUCCAGUUAGAUGUUAAUUUCCUACUACAAGUUGCACAGUUUUGUGGUUUUUCCUCCGACAGUAUCAGAACCUCUGCACUGGACUUGCUUAGCAAGGCAGAAGAGAAGGUGUCAUCUUUGGAACAGAGUAUGAGCAGUAGUGGUGACAUCCAUGAGGAGGCAUCGGCUAGUGAUGCUGCCAAACGAGCGGUCCAAGUACUAACAGGGGAUGGAGUAAAUAGUUCCACUUCACAAGAAGAUGUUGCUUACAGUGAAGAAGAUGUGUUGAAAGCUGGAGGAGUUAGGAUGACGACGAGUGCUCAAGAAAGCGAUGAGGAGAUCGAUAACAGAAUCGAUGACAGUGUCGCGGGUUCAGGUCAGAGCGACGUGCCUGAAACAUGGAGCGGUGAACAUGCCGGUUCUCGUGCCCUGGGUGACUCUGGCGGUGAUGGGAAGUCCUCAGAUGAGUUUGUGAGCAUUGAGGAUGAUGGUGGUGCAGCUGAGGGCGGCACCGAAGAUGUCGUGUCGCCAGGGAGUCCAAUAGGGACAAUCGUCCUUGAAUCAGAGAAGCAUAAGUUGCUGGUGGACAACAUACCCAUAGACGUCCAUGGUGAUAGCCUGAACGGGUUAGGAGGUUCAGGCGCUGCCAUGGAAGCAACUCCAUGUGAUCCACAAGAAGAUGAAGAUGAAGAUGAUGAUGAAAGUGCCUUGCCGGAAUUUUUGCAGGACAAGAUGAACCCUAUCCCUGUGAUCAGUGACCAAAGUGGUACGGACACGACGAGCGUGAGCUCCGCGGAAAUGGAAAGCGGUGAUCAACACUCUGAUCCAGGAAGCAUCAGCAGCGGCGGCCAUGGCUGGAGGCGUCGUGCAGGUGCACCUGCUGCGGCCAAGGGAGAUGGCGGUAUCAGGAAAAGGAGGGAAGGCCUGAGCAGAAACAGCAGGCCAAGAUGGCGGCAGUGA